AUGCUAGCUAACGAGGAUACUCCUUUUUCACUCAGACCUCCGCCGUGGUUUUUGCAGGGGGAAGGAUGGUGGAUAAUUCUAUCAAUCUUGGGUCCAGCGCGAAAAAUAUUGGACCGACUUAAACACCACCAAAGGGAAAAAACAAAACGCCCAGACUCGACACAUUCAGAUUCCUUGGAGCUCCUAUCGCGCGAGGUAUCACAGCCAAGUGACGGCUUCCGAGGUGGUUUUGGUAGCGUACAAAUAUUAAGGUACCACAUGUCGCCAGUUGGCGCGUAUGACGAAUUGUUACUCAUUCCCGGAGUGUUCAAGCCUCCAGAGCAGUCUUCUAAGCGCUCCCCAGUUUUCAGGAUAACCGAAAUAUAUGUUUCUACCCUCGGCUCCAUCCUCAACGGUCGACACAACUGGAACAUUCCGAAAAAGCUUGCCCGGUUUGAAUUCAUCCCGCUGGAAGGCUCGCCGAACAAGAUCACGGUGAAGGUGUAUGCACUCAAGUCGUUCAGCUUCACUCGGUCCGCUUCCUCAACAAGCUGGUGCUUCGAGCCGCAAUUCUUCGAAACUCCGUUCUUCAGCAUGAUCAUCCAGCGGCGCCUAGCGAGCGUCAACAUUCCAAUCAAUUUGGGACAUGUACCGAUGCUCGAUCUGACGCUGCUUCAGCCCCCCUUACAGGCGGCCGAGCCUCUCCAGCCGAACAUCUUGGAACUGAAUCGUGGGGCCAUCGGCACCUCAGAUUGGAAACGGACCAAGCUGGACAUCAGAGGCCGCUGUGGUCUCUGCUCCUUCAAAGGUACCUUGCCCGGCCGGGCAGGACAAUUUGCGGAUGGUGAACACUUCCCAGACAUUCAACCCUAUCGAUUCGGUUUCCACUUCCCGCGCUUGCAUCUACAGGUUCAAGCUCCGACACACAUUCCAUCUUCCUCGGAUCCCUCAGAAAAACAAUAG